CCGAGGCAGCUACAGCGGCGGCGGCGUAGGGGCUGGUACGCGCUGGGCGGCGAGAGCCUCAUGGCGGAGGAAGAGAGCGAUCAAGAGGCCGAACGCCUCGGAGAAGAGCUCGUGGCCAUUGUGGAGUCCCCGCCAGGCCCUGUUGGGCUCAGAGCUGCGGGUGACGGCAGAGGUGGCGCUGGCAGCGGCAGCUGCGGUGUCGGCGGCUUUGGGAUCAGCAGUCGGGAUUACUGCCGACGCUUCUGUCAGGUGGUUGAAGAUUAUGCUGGAAGAUGGCAGGUCCCUUUGCCACAGCUUCAGGUUCUUCAGACUGCACUUUGCUGUUUCACAUCAGCCAGUGCAUCAUUCCCAGAUGAAUGUGAGCACGUACAGUAUGUUUUGAGUAGCCUUGCUUUGAGCUUCUUUGAGUUGCUGCUGUUCUUUGGAAGAGAUGAGUUUUAUGAAGAGCCACUAAAGGAUAUUCUUGGAUCAUUCCAGGAAUGCCAGAAUCACCUCCGCAGAUAUGGAAAUGUGAAUCUGGAACUGGUGACUCGAAUCAUUAGAGAUGGUGGCCCAUGGGAAGAUCCAGUGUUGCAAGCUGUUCUUAAAGCCCAGCCAGCAUCUCAGGAGAUAGUGAACAAAUAUUUAAGUUCUGAAAAUCCACUGUUCUUUGAACUACGUGCCAGAUACCUAAUUGCUUGUGAACGCAUACCUGAAGCAAUGGCUCUUAUCAAAUCUUGUAUAAAUCACCCAGAAAUCAGCAAAGACUUGUACUUCCAUCAAGCACUCUUCACAUGUCUGUUUAUGUCACCUGUAGAAGAUCAACUAUUCCGGGAGCAUUUAUUGAAAACUGAUUGUAAGAGUGGAAUUGAUAUCAUCUGUAACACUGAAAAAGAAGGCAAGACUAUGUUAGCUUUGCAACUCUGUGAAUCCUUUCUUAUUCCGCAGCUCCAGAAUGGGGAUAUGUACUGUAUCUGGGAGUUGAUUUUCAUAUGGAGUAAACUUCAGCUUAAGUCUAAUCCUUCAAAGCAAGUUUUUGUAGAUCAAUGCUACCAGCUUUUAAGAACAGCAACUAAUGUGAGAGUCAUAUUUCCUUUCAUGAAAAUCAUUAAAGAUGAGGUUGAAGAAGAUGGCUUACAAAUCUGUGUCGAAAUAUGUGGUUGUGCCCUACAACUAGAUCUUCAUGAUGAUCCCAAAACUAAAUGUUUAAUAUAUAAAACAAUUGCACAUUUUUUGCCAAAUGAUUUGGAGAUCCUCAGGAUUUGUGCACUCUCAAUAUUUUUUCUUGAGCGCUCCCUGGAAGCUUACCAUACUGUUGAAGACCUUUACAAACGUCCAGAUGAGGAAUAUAACGAAGGCACAAGUAGUGUUCAAAAUCGAGUUCGUUUUGAAUUACUUCCCAUUUUGAAAAAGGGAUUGUUUUUUGAUCCUGAAUUCUGGAACUUCGUAAUGAUUAAGAAAAACUGUGUAGCAUUAUUGAGUGAUAAAUCAGCAGUUAGAUUUCUAAAUGAAAGUACACUGGAAAAUUCUACAGGUAAUCUGAAAAAGGCAGUGGAACAGCAAGGUUUAGAUGAAGGGCUUGACUCUCUUACCGAUCAGAGCACUGGAGAGCCUGAUCCUGAUGAUUUGUCUAGAGUGCAACCUAAGGGUCACAUUAAUACAAAGAAAAACCUUAUGGCUCUUAAUGUUUCCAAAGUAGAUCACAAUGUCCCAAGGCAUCGGUGUAUGUUAUGUAACAAGGAAUUUCUAGGCGGUCACAUUGUAAGGCAUGCCCAGGCUCAUCAGAAAAAGGGCAGUUUUUCAUGUGUGAUAUGUGGUAGGAAAUUUAGAAACAAAGGACUUAUGCAGAAGCAUUUAAAGAAUCAUGUUAAGAAAAUACAAAGACAGCAAAUUGCUGCAGCUCAACAGGAAGAUCAAGAAAUCCCCGCUGUGGAAGAAAUAAAUUGUUCCGAUGCUUUCAUUUCAUUUGAGAAUGGGAAUUCUGAUAAUAAGGAUUUGGAAGCAGACACAAUUACUGCUUCCAGUGAUGGAAACAAAGAGGUCAUCCCUGCACAUGUGGCUGAAUUCAUUGAAAUUCCCGUAAGUGUAUCCGAAGAUGUAAUUGAGAACAUGAUUGAAAAUGGGAAUCCUGAUACUUCUUUAAAUAAUGUCUCAGAACCUUUGCCUGUAUGUGAGGAUGACUAUGAGGAGGAAGAGGAUGAAGAAGGUGAUUAUGAAGAAGACGAUUAUGACCUGAAUCAAGAAACUUCCGUACUUCAUAAAAUCAAUGGAACUGUGUGCCAUCCAAAAGAGAUAUAUGCUACAGAUCAAGAAGGGAACUUUAAGUGCCCUGCUCUUGGUUGUGUCAGGAUAUUUAAAAGAAUCGGAUUUCUAAAUAAACAUGCAAGGACUGUACAUCCAACUGAUUUAAAUGUGCGGCAAACGGUAAUGAAGUGGAGCAAAGGAAAAUGCAAAUUCUGUCAAAGGCAAUUUGAAGAUUCUCAACAUUUUAUAGAUCACCUUAAUAGACACAGCUACCCAAAUGUGUACUUCUGUUUGCAUUUUAAUUGCAACGAGUCAUUUAAGUUGCCAUUCCAGCUUGCUCAGCACACAAAAAGUCACAGGAUAUUUCAAGCUCAGUGUAGUUUUCCAGAAUGUCACGAGCUUUUUGAAGAUCUUCCUCUGCUCUAUGAACAUGAAGCUCAGCACUAUUUGAGUAAAACACCAGAAUCCUCCGCACAACCAAGUGAAACAAUUCUUUGGGAUGUUCUUACAGACUCAAAUCCUAAUCAUCAGGAAAAAGACUCAUCUAGUAAUGAGAAACAAACUCUCACUCUGCCAGUUUCUACUAGCAAAUCAAGGAAAGAUUCCAUAGAACCAAAGACGUGUACAGAAAGUAUGGAGAAGAAAACAGAUGGUUUAGUUCAGAAUGGAAAUGAACAUUCUGACGACACUGUUUCUGAUAUAAGCUUGAUAGACCAAAAGAUGCCUGACAUAGAGCCAAAUUCUGAAAGUAAUUAUAGUAUUAGUGAUUUAGUCAAUGGACACAGUGGAACAGAGCAGACACCUUUAGUUUCGUCAGAGCCUGCUUUGAAAACUGAUCCAAACAGAAUCAGGACAGAAAAUGGUUCCAUUUUACCCAGUGUUGUACCACAAGAACAUAAUACCCUGCCAGUAUCUCAGGCACCUUCCAAACCAAAUCUGACGAGUGAACAUACUUCAUAUGGCUUAAUUUUAACAAAGCCGUAUGUCAGACCACUGCCUCCCAGUUACCUUGAUGAACGGUACCUUAGUAUGCCAAAACGCAGAAAAUUUCUGACUGAUAGAGUAGAUGCCUGUUCUGAUCAAGAUAACGUUUGUAAAAAAUCCGUGAAAAGAUUAAGAUGUGGCAAAUGCCUGACCACCUACUGUAAUGCAGAAGCACUUGAGGCUCACCUUGCACAAAAGAAAUGUCAGACACUCUUUGGAUUUGAUUCAGAUGAUGAAAGUGCACCCAACUCAGAAUUGGCCGCAGAAGACGUUCAAGCGCUCCCGGGGGUCAGGCCCAGGGGCGGGCAGCAGGCUCCUCCAUUGGCCGGCCCCGCGGCAUCAUGGGAGCUCGUCGUGCGCGGGGACCGCCACCCGCUUUCCACGCACCUGCACUUGCGCAGCCCUCCCAGCCGCUUUUUUGGAGGAUGGACUCCUGAAGAGCUCAAGCUUCUCUUUCUGCAACCAGAUCCCUCAGGGAAGAUCCCUGUUCUCCGUGCAAACGCGCCCGGAACGACAAGUCGGAACACCACAUUUCCUGAACUGACCUUGUUGGCAAUCACUUCCGCCCAGGCGUUUGGAACACCCGAGGCCCUUUGGCUGCGAACAACAGGCAAGGCACUUCCGGUGUAUGUUGCCUAG